AACAUGACAACAAUGCAAAUCUUCUAUCAUAUUGUCUUUGCAAACUGUUUAUACCGCAACGCAAUCACUUAGCAAAAAAGUGAUAAAAGUAAUAAUAAUAUAGUAAUAAAUAUGUCAUAGUAAUUAUAGUAACAAAUUACUAUAUUUUUAAAUAAUAGUUAUCGUGAAAGUGACGUCGUAGUGUCAGUAAAAGUCGUAGUUAUUGUGAAGUGAAAUCGUGAUAUUAGAGGUUAUGUUUUCGUUUUCAAAUAAGGGUGUAAUUGUGAAUUGUUAAAAAUCAAGUGAAUAUGGACACAAAACCAAAUAUUGCAGUGUAUUUACACAAAUUAAAAACGGAAAAUUGAUCCAGUGGAUGAAACUAACAGGUUGAAAGAUAUAAACACAUUAUUUACAAAAAUAUUUAACAAUACUGUCUAUAAGUAAAUAAUUGCCAGUCAAACAUGCUUAUGUACCGAUUAUAAAUUGGUUCAGAUCAGCGAACGUACUGUGUAAGAUAAAGAAGAAGAGUACACAUAAUAAAGUCAAAAGUGUCACGUUGUAAAUUGUAAAUAUUGAAAGAAAAGUAUAACACUUUUAUCUAUUUUCAAAAAUAAUGACUGAUAUAACAAUUGAUGUAUCUGGUGAAAUGGAACCUAGUACGAUUAGUCGAAAAGAUGGAAUUUCAAAUUUUUUGAAAAUACCUACUCAAAUGCCUGAUCCAGCGGAAUGGAUAAGUCAUCAGAAACAGAGCGUGAGGCCUUGGUUACUUUUUAUACAGACCUCAAAUUUUAAAGUACCACUCUCUGUUCCUAGACUUGGUAGAAGGAUUAUGAAAAAUCUCGAAUAUUUUCAAGCUAAUUAUUUAUUCGUCGUCCUAGGACUUAUCGCUUACUUUCUAAUAACCUCCCCACUUAUAUUAAUUACCAUCGCGGGGACAAUGUAUUUGGGUUAUCGCCUAAACAAACGACAAAAGGAAAAAUCUCUCACCAUACUCGGUAAAGAAUUAACAUUACCUCAACAGUAUUUAUUGUUAGCGUUAUGUUCGUUACCAAUUUAUUACAUAGUUGGGGUCCACGCUGCAAUGUUUGGAGUGUUAAUCGCUUCAAUUGUUAUCAUAACGUUGCACGCUGCGUUUUAUAACAUCGAAGCUCUCGCUCUCAAAGAAGAAGAGUCUUUUGAGGUUUAGAGUCUAUCCGGUAUCAGUUAUUUGUUACAAAUAUAUAUAUUAACACUUUUAUAUAAUUAAAUGUUUUUAAUAAAAA